GUAAAACCUUUGUUUUCGAGGGGGUGUGCGGUUUUGGUUGCGUGCAUAUGAAGGAUUUUCACUUAGUAUAUUUGUGUUGUUGUUUUACUUAGGCAAUUUUUCAAUUAGUAAGCAAAUGUCACUGCGCUGAAGUUAAGUUAAAUAAUUUUGUGUGAUAAAAGGUUAAAUAAUUGGGAAAAAUUGUAAUAAGACAUUGAUUUCUUUUUUUUCACGCCCGUUAAUUUAAAUCAGCUUAAACUGGGCAACCAAGCGUAUUUAAAAAAUUAUUUUAUUUACUAAAUUAAUUGUACCUAUGUAGAGAAAUGUUACUUCCGGAUGCAUACAAUUAUAGAAGGCAUAAUCUUAUAUAGUUCCGGAGGCCAGCUGCACAAAGAUUUUGAUUGUGAUUACGCCAAGAUUGCAAAACAUAACAGAGGAACCGCCGCUGUUACCACUUCCUGUACCGACACGCGUUCUAGUUCAACAACUACUUCCCCGUCAACUUCUACCUACACUUCUAAUUGUAUGCGGGCAGAAAAAACUAACGGUCAAAAUAUUUCCUCGGCUGGUAAUUGUGAAGGUAGUUCAAAAUUUAAUGCUUUGAAUAGUAAGAAAAUUACUGACCGACGUCGUCAAGUCUUCCUUGAUAGUAACUACAACACUUGGAAAAGUAGAUAUACGAGUAAGGAAAGAAUCAGUCAACCACAAAAAAAGGAAGGUAACACCAGUGCUGAGAAUUCAGAAAUCGCUUAUGGUGAAAGGUAUCGUAAAAUAAGCAAUACGAUUGAUGUUGGGAUACGGACUGUAGCAAAACGCGAUAUUUAUAGCAAUAGUUGGAAAUACGCAACAUUCCCCGUAAACAAAACGGCAGCAACAAAAUCAAUUUUAAGCCCGCCCCCACUAAAGCCACCGCUUAGUCGUACUCAUAGUAUUAUUAUUGGUGACGAGGAAAGUUGUUUAAUCAGAAAUUCAGUGACUGGUUCCUCAACAAACACGGACAUUGGCGAUACAAAAAAUCAAUCAUACCAAAAGGCGCUAACAGAUAUCUCUAGAACUUUGAGUAUUCCUUCUAAAACGAAUGCAGAAGGAACUCACAAGAUGCCUCAAGAAUCGAAGAGUGUUUUGUUAAGACCCAGCGACAACCUGCAAAAUGGGUCCCUGGAUACGAAUUCAUGUUCUAAAGUAGUUUCCGUUAAGCAUUACGAACGUUUGAUAGAAGAGUUAAAAUGUCCCGGUUGUGCGUAUCCGAUGAAACCGCCCAUUUAUAUAUGUAAAACAGGGCACAGUGCUUGUGAACAAUGUACUCGAGUUCUAUUAUUGUGUCCUCUUUGCAGAGAAACUUUCACUAAUAUCAGGUCUCUUACCGUUGAAGCGUUAUGUUCGAAAGCUCAUUUCAAAUGUUCCAACGCAGCAGGAGGUUGCACCGUCCGCUUACAAAUUGAUUUGAUUUCUUGGCAUGAGAAGCAAUGCAUCUACAAGCCGAUGAAAUGUUUUAUGGGCCGUGUCUGGGGUGAUUGUCAGUGGACGGGUCGCGAAGCUUUCUGGAAAACUCACUUAGACACGGAGCACUUCAAUAAGGUUUUUAAAUCCGACAACGCAGAUUUGAUCUGGAAUAUGGGCGUUAAGCAGAAACCUCUAGCUGGUUAUUAUGUAUUUGAGGCUUACAAUGAAAUGUUUAAUUUCUAUGAAAUUUACGAUAAAGAACGGGUGUUGUUCACAAUGACUUGUACAUCCACACAAAAAGAGAAGAAACAUCAAUUCGCUUACGAGGUUAGCAUAAUACAUCAGGAGAAUGAAGCGUUAGGUAUAAUACAAAAAUUUCCUGUACAUAGUGAAUACGAUGCGGAUAUUUUAGCCGAAGGUACAUGCGUUAGCAUUUGGUUAAAUGAUUUGGCGAGAUUUAUAAAUGAUGAAAAGCUAUUGCAUUACCGUGUUAAGGUUCUUGAAGUAAAGACUUGGCGUCGAUCUCAAGCUCUUCCUAAUACCAGUCUCAACAAUUUACCUAUAAAUUAUCAGCAAACCCAGAUUCGAGGUGUUAAUCUGAAAAAUGUUCCCUCCGACGUUAUAGUCACUCGAAAUUUAAAUAAUUUAAGGACUGCUGACAGCGUUGCCGACUGUAUGGCUUCAGAAAAUGAUGCAAAUAAAAUGCCACAUAAUUACGAUGAAAAAUUGGCUGCCAAAAAAAAUCGUGACAGUGGUUCCGAUACCGAUCCAGAAUUUGAGACUCUGAUAGCCAAAAAGUGGGGAACACCACAGCUAAAUUUUAAUCGUAAAUAUCUAAAAGUUAAUAGUUCGAGUGAUAGUUCGUCCAACGAGGGUUCAAAUGAUCUAAAGAAGACUUCGAAAACAAUUGCGAGCGAUAGAAUGUCGUUACCCAGCACCAACACAAGUUAUAAAAAAAAAAUGACCAACACAUUACGUAAGAGCUUUCGCAGUUUAAAAACCGACAUUAGUGAAAUGAAACCGUUUGGCAAAAAAAGUACUUCGCCUGAAAAACAAAAACUGGAAAAAUAAGAGAAGGUCAUUAUGUAAUAUAUUGGUUUUUUCACUGCUCUUAAAUAUAUUUGUAUGUAUUUUCUGUACUUUUUUU